AAGUUUCUGACCACAGGCAGUUUUUCAGUGAGGAGUACAGAGUAAGCUAAGAGACACAAGAGAGAGGGAGCAGGAGAGACUUGCCACAGACACAACUCUUUGACAGUGUUUGAGACUCCAGGGCAGACUGAGUGAUGAGACUAUAGCCCAAAGAGCAGAUCGGGCCCUGAAAAUGUCGUCAGGUUGCCUCGGGAGCUGAACAAGUGAGGGUCAGGAGUGAGAUCAGCCUUUCAGUGUUUCCUAUCCAGGUGAGGGAGUCAGCAGCCGGCACCUGGAGUGAGUUUCAACCGUGUCUGUUUUGUGAGGAGAGUGAGUACAGUUUGCACUGAGAGCUAGGCCGGCUGUGGCAAUGAUGGAGCAGUUGAAUUCGUUUGUGCAUGCACUAUGGCAGCUGAUUGUGAACAAGCACUCCGAGGGGAUGUUUAACUCCAUCUGCCUGGUGGUGCUUCUGAUCCUGCCCCUGCUGCUGCUGCUCCUCACUCUGUGUCUGUGCUGUCAGGGCUGCUGUGGCCAUGGCUCCUGCUGCAGCUGCUGCCACUGCCGGCAGGGUCGCAAGAAAACAUUGGAUGACCUUUGGAUUUCAAGGCAACCUCAGCCCAUCAUGAUGGAAAACCUCCCUACGUCGGUGUGACUCUGUUGUGGACAUCUGUAACCUCAAACUCCACGUAUCCCCUCCCCUUCGGAAAGCAAGACCACAGCUUAGCGGGCCACAUCUGGAGGAAUCACCUCACACACUGCUGCUGAAUCCUCAAGGACCUUUAUUCCUGAGUAAUCCUGGCUGUGCUGGGUGGGUCAGUCCAGGGCUUUCAGAAACUCCCACUCUUCCCCUCUGCUUUGUUCUCACCAGCUCACAGUGCAGGAAUGGGGGUAACCAUUCCAGUCGAGCACUGGACUCUACACACCACCUCCCGGCUCUCUACAAUGCUUCAAAGAUAGAUCUUGUGGUGUGGGCUCUUCUGCUACUGAUGGAUAAUGGUUUAUGUCAUUGUAUAGUGUUUACAAGUCUGUUACAGCGUGACUGAGCAAUACAAAGAGACACUUGUGAUGUAGACACAUGUGCCCACUCGGGUCUUCAAACCGACCCGCAGUUCUGGAACUUAUUCUUUAUUGGACCACACUUCCUAUUGGAAAAAAAAUUCCGAAGAAUGAUCAGGCUUCUUAAGCUGGCGAGGUCCGCAUCUGGCCGUGAAAACCCACUGGCUGAUAUGCGCCUGUAACUGUUCAGUGACGGGUUUUGCAAUGAAUUGGGGCAAGUAUGUUAAUGGGCUGGCCGGAUUGGGUGGGCAGCCGGACUCUGUGCCUUCAAGUUUUCUCCUUAUUUUAAUGGAUGUAUUGACUUUCUGUUUAAAGCUUGCAGUGGAAUCCCUGUUUGAAGGAAUUAGUUUCUUCCAACUUAUAUGGAACAGCUGUCAGCACGUGGAAACCACUUAACCCAGUGCUAUGGGUGAAGGCAGAGAACUACCACAGGUCGCUCACCUCCUUGUCUUCCUGUCCAGUCCACGUGUUGAGGGACUGGUCGUCAAUGAGGAUGAGGUGGGGAGUUUGGACUCAAUGUACUCUGUGCCUGCACCUCCUCAUAACAUGGUCAACAGCAAUGUUACAUUUGUGCAAAAAAAUAAAAUAUUUUCCAUUGUGAUGGGUCCAUACCAACUGUU